CGCAUAGAUCACAUCCGGGGCUGGUUUAUUCUAAUAACAAAACGUCCAACCCGGAAAAAAGACAAGUCUUCUGUAAUCCGAUCACACAAUUCAAUAGACGAGGGUGUGAAGGUGUCGGGCACGCCGGGGCCGCGUUCAUGUCUGCCGCUCGCGAAAGUUGUUGAAGGAAAAGUGAAGUCGGCCAUGCUCGUGUUCGUCAGCCUCGGGACUCUGCCUCGCGCGUCGUAGCGCCGCGGGGCGCUGGCUGCUGUGGCGCACACUGACUCUCACAGCGGUGAUAUGUGAUAGCGGCAGCAGAAUGCCGUACAGGGACCGGCUGAACCGCGUUUGCGGCUUCCUGGACAUCGAGGAGAAGGAGAACAGCUGCCGCUUCCAGAGAAGAUACUUCAUCCUUGACACGCAGGGAAAUGCUCUGCUGUGGUAUAUGGACAACCCUCAGAACCUGCCCAGCGGAGCCAGCUCUGUGGGCAGCCUGCGACUAACCUACAUCUCAAAGGUAAAUGAAGCUACAGCAAAGCAAAAACCCAAGGCGGAGUUUUGCUUUGUCAUCAAUGCCGUCUCCCGCCGGUACUUUCUCCAAGCCAACGAUGAGACUGACAUGAGGGACUGGGUGGAGGCGCUCAACAGGGCGAGCAAGAUCACUGUGCCUAAGUCUUGUCCUGCACCUCAGAGGUCAGAGGUGAGCUCGGUGAUCAGCGACGGGCAGGGAGGGAAGAGACAGCAGGCCUACAAGACGGAGAUCAUCGGCGGUGUUGUUGUGCACACCCCCAUCCAGAACGAGAGCGACGAGGCGGAGGGGAGAGAGAGGAAGGGCAGCAGGCCAGGCGUGCUGAGAUGUGGUUACUGUGUUAAACAAGGAAAUGUGAGGAAGAGCUGGAAGAGGCGGUUUUUCACCCUCGAUGACAACGCAGUCAGUUACUACAAAUCCGAGAUGGAUAAGGAGCCUCUCCGAGCGAUACCACUGAGGGACAUUCAGAAGGUCCACGAAUGUCUCGUCAAGUCUGGGGAUCUCCUGCUGAGAGACAACCUCUUCGAGAUCAUCACUGGCUCCAGAACGUUCUACAUCCAGACGGACUCCCCUGUGGAGAUGCGUGGGUGGAUCAGGGACAUUGAGCUGAAGAUCCAGGAUUUCCGAGGCCCCCCGAAGGGUUUCUCAUUUACACGUCCCUCUUCUCUCUACCGGAGUCACAAUGCGUCCUGCGCUCCUCGCGGCCUACAGGCCGAGGAGCGCAGACACGCGCUGGUCAAGUCUUGCUCCGUGGCGCCGGGCUGGCAGCCGUGGACCCCCGUCCCGCCGUGUGACCCCUCUGCCCCCGACGUGGAGGACGACGUGUUCACCGCCGUCCCCGCGCCGCUCUCCCUCUCUUCCUCCUCCACCUCCUCGUCCACCUCCUCCUCCUCCAACUCCCUCUCCAACCCGGCGCCCUGCCCCAGCGCGCCCCCUCCGUCUUCGGCCAGCAUCCUCACGGCGUCGGCGGACGCGGCAAGCGGACGCCGGAGGCACCGCUCGCAGCCUCAGCCUCACACCGGCUGCCCGUUCCCCUUCAGCCUGGACGACGACAGCAUCCGCACCACGGACGUCUAGUCCGCCUGCGGCGGCGGUCCAGACUCCCGCGUGGACGAAAGUGUUGGUACCCGUUUUAAAGUGAAUGUGACCGGUGAUGACAGUGUUCCCUGCUAAUGAAGUGACGCUGCGGCCUUCCGUGAGAUUAGUGCCCCCUGCUGGCGGCGUAGCCGUCGUGCAGGCGGAGUUUGCACUCGGUUGGGGUGGAGGCCGAGAGGUGGAGUGUGUUACGUUGACAGGACUGUGAAAAGAAAAGGCGGCGUGUCCUUAGUGCAACAUCCUCUGAAAACUUGAAUAAUCUUGUUAAUUUUUAUUGUAGAUUUUUUUUUUUUUUUUUUAAAUGGCACAUGCUUUUUAACCUGUUGCACUCGACUCCCACUGGAUUCACAUCACUGUCGGUAGAAGUAUUCAAAACAAAGUGUUUCAUGGCAUUUUAACUCAGUAACAUCAACAUUUUGAUUUUCACGUUUCGUUUCUACGGACUUUCUUUCUCGAUGGGCCCAGCAGUGUCUCUCCCUCCCCGCAUAUGUAUGUUACUUCAAAAGCCUUACAGCGACCCACUUUCAUUAAGUAUUCGCAAGUGUUUUAAUUCACAGCAGGGUGUUUGUGUUAAACAGGGGCCUUAAAUGAUUGACGGUAAACUGUGACUUCUCUUUAGAUUCUUUUUUGAAAAGGUACCAUAUUACUAUUAUUAUUCCAGUGUUUUAGUGGUACUGCCGGCAUCACAGUACAGCUCAUUAGGGGGUUCACGGCUAUGUGAAGCGUAUUCUUUUUUUAUUGCAGCAUUAUGUGGGAAGACUUGCCACUACGUAAUGUAAUUUAACUAUUAAUUCCGCACUUUUGGGUUCCUACCGUUCACAUCCUUUUUUGUUACACCAGUAAGCUCAGACACCUCAAAACAUCGCAGAUGUGGUACCACGUUCAAUUUUUUUUUUUUCUAAGCUAACUGCAUUUGUCUGCCUGCAGAAAAUGUUAAUCUCUCCUGUACAUUACACCAUGCUUUUAUAUGUCUUGUUCAGGUUUUAUACUGAUCAGUGCAAACGUUUGUUGUUCUGACUUUUCAGUCUCCGUCAUGUAAUUGACGAUGCAUCAACAUACAUUUUAAACAAAACAAAAAAAACAUUUUCUAAAUUAAAAAAAAAAUGAACGCUUAA